GCUCCGAUGCCCGACUCACCAACUAACAUGACUGUCCGCAUGACAAAAUCAGGAAUGUUAUCACUUCUCUCAGACCACACAUCACCAUGCAAAAGUGGCGGUGGUGGUGGUGGUGGCAAAAAACGCUUUCGGGUUGAUACGAACGACUCGGCCGCCAUAGAUAACCUCCUUACUGCCCAGACAGAUGCACUGUUGCCAACCAAGGAGCCGAAGCCGGCUGCUAAGCCACGAUCGUUUAGCAAAAUCGAUGCAUACAGUCGGUUUCUGUUUCCUGCAUGCUUUAUCGUUUAUAACUUGUUCUAUUGGUUGUACUACUUGGUACUGGUGAAGCAACGAUGAUGUGUGAUUGCUCGGUGUUUUGUCUAUCUGCACAAUUUUCCAAAUGAACUUCAUGGAAAAUUUAUUUAACUGUGCUCAUUGAAUUGUCUGUGUUAUGAAUUAUCAGCUAAGGCAACUUUCUAAGGAACUGGGCUGUGUUACAACAGGAUGGCUUUUUUGUUUGGAACACGUCUUUACCUAGCCCCACAUACAUGGCUUAGGGUUCCAAUCCCAUGUACUUUCUUUAUCCUCCAGCUUCCAGAUUCGCUCGAUAACCGAGACGCACGGCGCCAAUAUCCUCACCGCAUAAUCGCAUCAACAUUUUCUAUUCUGUUAUCAUAAAAUUGUUACUUCC